UUGAACUUGAGUUGGUUUGAGAGCUAGGCGAGUGGGUGACAGGUCGUUCCUGUCCGGGAAGGUUGCUCAGUGAGUCAGGAUUGGGUUUCAGGUCAGAAGGGCCAGGAAGACAGAGAGACGGCAGAGCUCUUCAGGACCUGCUGUGGGACCCAGGGAUUCCAGCUGGAAAAAAAAUCACAUGACAGUGAUGCAGAAGAGAAGGAAGCCUGAGGACCCAAGAGCUGCUCGGCAUGGGGGUUCCCAGGGGGAGAUGGUGUCUCUGAAGGAACAGAGAUCCCCCAUUGCAUCUUAAGCUCUGCUGGAUCCUGGGUGACAUCAGCCAGCCCACUUGCUGCUGUUGCUGCUGCUGCCGCCGCUGCCACCAGAAGCUCUGAGCUCUGUGCUGAGGGCACCAGGCACUAACACUUCGCCCUUGUUGGGAGAACAGAGAGAGGCUCUUGUCCGCUGCCUGUGCUGGGCAACAACUGCUGCUUCUCCUAGAGGCCUCUCCUCGGGGCUGCACAGCUGCAGAAUGGCUUCCAGCCCAGCCAGGAUCUCUAGCCCCCAGCCAUCCAGGGCCAAUGGGAACAUCAACCUGGGGCCUUCAGCCAACCCAAAUGCCCGGCCCACAGAUUUUGACUUCCUCAAAGUCAUUGGCAAAGGGAACUAUGGGAAGGUCCUACUGGCCAAGCGCAAGUCUGACGGGAUGUUCUAUGCAGUGAAAGUUCUGCAGAAAAAGUCCAUCUUAAAGAACAAAGAGCAGAGCCACAUCAUGGCUGAGCGCAAUGUGCUGCUGAAGAAUGUGCGACACCCCUUCCUCGUGGGCCUGCGCUACUCCUUCCAGACCCCAGAGAAGCUCUACUUUGUGCUUGACUAUGUCAAUGGGGGAGAGCUCUUCUUCCACCUGCAGCGGGAGCGCAGGUUCCUGGAGCCCCGUGCCCGUUUCUAUGCCGCUGAGGUGGCCAGUGCCAUCGGCUACCUGCACUCCCUCAACAUCAUUUACAGGGACCUGAAACCAGAGAACAUUCUCUUGGACUGCCAGGGACAUGUGGUACUGACAGACUUUGGACUUUGCAAGGAAGGUGUAGAGCCUGAGGAGACCACGUCCACCUUCUGUGGCACCCCUGAGUACCUGGCUCCUGAGGUGCUUCGUAAAGAACCUUAUGACCGGGCUGUAGAUUGGUGGUGUUUGGGAGCUGUCCUCUAUGAGAUGCUGCAUGGCUUGCCACCCUUCUUCAGCCAAGACGUGGCUCAGAUGUAUGAGAACAUUCUGCACCAGCCACUGCAGAUCCCCGGGGGGCGGACAGUGGCUGCCUGUGACCUCCUGCAUGGCCUUCUCCACAAGGACCAGAGACAGCGGCUGGGCUCCAAGGCAGACUUUCUGGAGAUAAAGAACCAUGUGUUCUUCAGUCCCAUCAACUGGGAGGAUUUGUACCACAAGAGACUGACUCCACCCUUCAACCCGAAUGUGGAAGUGUGUAAAAACAGAAGUGUAAACAGAAGUUUAUACGCUUUGUAUCUCACUACCCAAGGGAAAUCAAUAUUGGCAUACUUCUGGAACUUUUUAUGUGUGUAUGUGUGUAUCUCUACAACUUUGUCCUCUAGUAUCUAUGGGAUAAUAAAGUUCCUUAUAUAAAAAGGCCUAGAAUUUGCAUAUGACCUACAUGUACCAUAUACUGUAAACUAUCUUUAGAUGAUGUAUAAUACCUAGCACAAUGUAAAUAUUAUGCACAUAAUUAUUACACUCUAUUGUUUAGGGAAUGACA